AUGUUGGUAGCUGGCGGUUUAUACUUCAAGAAGUCUUGUAGUCGAGCAAGGUUUCUACAGAGAAGAUGGAACUCUAGCGCUAACGAUGUGAAAGCGUUAGUGGAGUCACUCAUGCUGUCCUCUAAAUUUAAAUACGAGAAGACUCAUCUCACUCGUCCUGUUAGAAGAAAUAUCCCCCUAAUCCCCAAUUACAGGCCCCUUAAAUUCAAGGAAGGAGACAGAAAGCAAGCACUAGUGACGUCAAAAGUUAUUUGGGAUAAUAAUGAUUCCAAGGACUUCGGGAAGCUCUUUAUUUCGCAUUUUAUUCUCAGGCAUUUGAAUAGGACAAGGGCUUUUGUUACUUACCAAGACGGAUUAAAAAUAGCAAAUUCUUUCAUUGAGUCCAUAUCUAAAGCAUUCAAAUCAUGGAAUUUAAGAAACGAUGAGUUAGGAGUAUUACAGUUCUUGGGGCUCUACGCCUUAUCUGAUAGACAAAGUUGUGAGCGAUUCGUAACCAGCUUUAUUGAUGAGGAUAUAACGACGGAGGAAGUCGUCUCAAUCGAGCAAUGUCUUGAUUGUUAUUCUCCCAGACUUCAAGGUGAUAAGAUUGACCUUGAUAUCGUUCAGUCAGAAAGAUCAUCACCACUCGAAUUACCAAUUAUAAAAAAGAUAGCAAAUCUAAACCCUAUUUACUUGAUAGAUACAAAGAAGUUAGAGGAAUUUCAUGACUACAUAGAAGGAGAAUACCAGGAAGAUACUUUAAGAUCUAAACUCAAUGACUUGGAAAAUUUUGGAAAGUUAUCUUUCGAGUUCAAUUUUUUGCUGGCAAUGUUUAAGCUUCAUAAAAAAUCAGAUACCCUUUUCUUAGAGGUCCAUGAAAGACUAGAUGUAAACAUUUCAAACCUUUUACGAUUUUCACUCUUUGAUAGAAUAAUACCGGAAUACGACCUUAUUAAAAAGUUACCAAAAGAAUCUAUUAGAAAAGUGUUCUAUCGAUACGUGGCUCUACUUGACCUAGAGGGUGAUUCUCUCGAGCCAUGGUUAGAACAUGUAACGUCACAUUUAUUACAACAUACAGAUUUAUUCUCAAGCAAUUUCUCAGCCUGGAAGAGUAAUGAUAUCAUGUUCAUUGGCCCAAAGGUUCCAAACAUUAUUUUACCGACAGCAUUGACUGAUAAGAUACUUCCAAGUGGUGAUUUAAGUGGAGAAAUGGAAUUUCAAGUUGAAAAACUUGGGAAGGAUCAUUUACUUUCUGUGAUCCAAGGUGCUAUUAUGACAAAUGGCAUCCCAACGGACGAAGAGAAGGGCAUUCGAAUCUAUUAUAAGACCGUGCUUAAUCAUGUAGAUGCAAAUAUUAAUAAGCAGGCAGUAGUUGAUACAAGCUUUGGUAGAAUUAAAUGUUCAUGUUUGACGUAUAUGGGUUUAUUUGCCUUAGCUGACAGAGAACAAUGCAGUACUUUUAUUUUAAGUUUUUGGGAGAACGGGCCUACAAAACUUGAUCUCAAUUACUUGAUGGAACAGACCAAAUAUUUAGUUUAUGAAAAAGGAGUUCCCUCUCUCGGAAUUAAUCAAGAUGUUACACAACAACCAAAAUCAGCAUUGGCUCUCCCAGCCCUCUCAAAUAAAUCAUUGUAUACGAGGUUCAUACUUGUUAAUUGUUCCAUUAUCUCGGGCCAAGACAGAGGGAGAGAUAAAAAUAAAAAGAAUAGAUGGCUUUAUGAUGAAGAUAUCAAACAAUGUUUGCACUCGUGGUGUGAGUUGGGAGCUACCAGAUAUAGGCUCUUGGUUAGAUAUCACCUCAUGAAAAAACUCAACUCAGAAAAUAUUGAGCUUAUUCCAGACUUGAUGAGAUUGCUUACGUCAAAUCAGUUUUAUAACUUUUUAUUAUCAAGUGCCAAUACAUUCGAUUUAAUUGAGAAUAGGAAAUACAAAAGCUUGUUGAUUAAACGGCGUUUCAACAAUACGUUGCUUCAUAGCCAGUUUUCGCAGUAUGUAUCCAUAUUGUAUCUAAAUGGUCAGCUUGAAAAAUGGGUGGAACGAUUAACUCUUCUUUUUUCAGAUUUGGUCAAUGAUUUGAACUAUCUAGAUUCCAAAGAUUUAAUUCACUGUUUUAGAGAGGAGUUCGGCAAGUUGGAGCUUUCGUUGACUAGUUUGCUCAAAGAGCAAAGGUACAAGAAACUUAAAGAUCAACACACUGAUCUUCCUUUACCAGAAAUUCAAGAUGUCAAAUAUUCUCUCAAUUCAGCUUUGGCCAUAAAAGUUAGCCAACUGUACUUAAAAUUCGCUAUCGACUUACUGAUCUUGAACCAUGGUCUUGAUAGCUUCAUUAAAUCUAAGAUGGAAAUGUUCGAUAUCAUUUCUUUUUAUUUAAAGCAAAACGAUAAUCAAGUCCAAAAAUUAAGCAAUGUGGCCAACACUUUCGAGUAUCUCGGUUAUUGGCUAGUUGACCAAAAUACUAUUGAAAGAAAACAGCUCAUGACAAGUCUUUUAAACCAUGCGCUCGACAAGCCUUUGAUACCGUUCGACACUAAAAGGGUACCGAUGCUUGAUAUGGUAUUGAAAAACACCCCAAGGAACAAUUUGCAUUCUUUCUUCAUUUGGGAUUCCUCAGAAAUCAUGCUCCCUAUAGUGAAUCAUAGUGACAGUUUGGCAAAAUUACUUUCAGUUAACUAUUUUAUAUCAAGAUCAUUCAUGAGCCAGCUAAAGAAUACUGGCGGAGAAAAGAUUAACAGAUUAUCAGACAUAUGUACUAAGUUUAACUCUGUGGGUGCAGACUACUACAAGUUUGCGGUAUACAGUAAAACUUUAAGUCUAAACCUAGGACCUAACAUUGCAGAAAAACUUACCCUGUUGCUACUUGACAAGAAGUUCGAGUCUAUCGUCGUACAUUGUUCACUGAUCUUGAAUCCAUUCAGUUCCUCCAAAUACUCUCAAUUGAUAUCUGAGCAUAACAAAAAUUCCUAUUUAUUUAUGAAAUUCAAUCAUCAAUCAUUCAGUCAGUAUCUUGGCUAUCUUGCAUUCCGUGAUGCCAAUGUCAUAGACCAAUGGAUUGAUAUGAUAUUCUCAAAGUUAUCCCUUCGUAUGAAAGACAAGCCUUCUCAUCAACAAGAAACAGUUUUGGCACAAUUCUCAGACGAAGUUGACCACUAUUUCAAGGACAUAAUGCCUAGAAAGUUAGGUUCAACUAGGUAG